UCAAAAUACAAUGACUCACACCGGCCGGCAGCCUGCUUCUCCUUCCUACUCGAAAAGCCGAACAUGUUAGGCUCGGCCGAGUUGCUUUUUCGGAGUUUCCCAGUCUGCGUUUGUCCCACGAGAGCAGCGCCAGUGAAACUCUGUCGGCCAAUCGAAGGCGAAGAAAGUGGGAAACUCCCUCGCUCGGAUUCGCCCAGUCCGCCCUCCCGAUGGUGCUGAAAAGGACAGUGCCAAGUUCCUGAAGCCUCAGUCGGAGGGGAGAUGGCUUCCCAGGAAAGCGAAACCGAGGUCAGGAGGAGGAGGGAGGCUGAUCCCGCGGCCUAUCUAUCCUGGCCUUCGCGGUUGUUUACCUGGGAAGAGAUCGGGUUGCGCUCUGGCCAGGGAGACCCGCCACGGGAGCGCUGGCUGGUGAUUGACAGGAAAGUCUAUGACAUCAGCCGGUUCUACAAGAGGCACCCGGGGGGCUCUCGGACCAUCGGCUGCUAUGCAGGGCAGGACGCCACGGAUCCAUUCACAGCCUUUCACCUUGACAAGACUCUAGUAAGGAAGCACAUGACAUCUAGUAGAUUCUUUCCUGCUGGGAUGUAUUUCAGCUCAAAUUUAAACCACCUGAAGUACUGUGCCCAGCGGAUUUGUUUGGGAGAUAGUUUCCUUGAGGUUUUUAUGAUCAGUCUGGAUCAUAAAGGGCAUGUCAAAGGGCAUCUACUCCCUCCUAGAAAAUGCCUCCAGGAGAGGAGAACCCAGCGGACUGCAUAG